AUGACAGUCAUUGGAUCUGGUAUAGAUGAUAUGGGUGAUUUUAUUAUUAAUGGUUUCUAUUCAUAUAUAACUAAUCGAAUUGCUUUUACAAAAACGUAUCGAUCAGAAAAUACGAUUGAACCAAUGGAUGCUAAUCGUAAAAUAGUUGUUCAACUAAUUUGGAAUAUUCAAGAAAAAAGAUUUCAAGGCAAAUGGUAUGAUGAUCGAGUGUCUGACAAUGGCAAAUUUGACCUAACAUACGAUGGCGUGUAA